CAGCUAAGCAAGUAGUUCCCUUGUGGGCUGUGUGAUUUGGGUCCCACUCCUCUUUAUUUUUUAAUUUUUCCCCCAUCAUUUAAAGCAAAGCCCAAUUUACUGCCAAGACCUUUAUAAUAAGACCCUUCAACCAUACAUUCCAUUGCAUCUCAAACCUCUUUUUUUUUGGUCUCUCCAAUUUUUCUGAAUAAUUUCUUCUAGUGAUGGGAGCAAAAGCCCAUGAUUACUACUUCUCAUCCGCCCCAACCACCGCCGCCGCCUCCACCUCCUCCUCCGCCGUCUCGCACCCGGCGGAUUCCGGCAACUCCAACUCCUCCCCUUCCUCCGCCUCCAGCAGCUGCGCUACUAAUAAGAGUUCCUUAAAGCCCAAGAAAAGCCCAAAACAGGAAAGCAGGGGCGGAAGUAAGAAAAGGCGAAAGAUGGAGGGCGAAGAUAAACACCCCACUUUUCGAGGGGUGCGAAAGAGAAAUUGGGGAAAAUGGGUGUCCGAAAUCCGAGAGCCGAGAAAGAAGUCCAGGAUAUGGCUCGGGACGUACCCGACGGCGGAAAUGGCGGCCCGGGCGCACGACGUGGCGGCGUUGGCCAUCAAGGGCGCCUCCGCUUACCUCAAUUUCCCUCACUUGGCCGAUCGCCUCCCCCGUCCGGCCUCCAAUUCGCCCAAGGACAUCCAAGCCGCCGCCGCGAAGGCCGCAGAGGCCGCAUUCGAGCCGCCGAGCUGCCAGUCGUCGAGCAAUUUGACGUCGGAGAGCGCGCUGGAAUCGGCGAAUACUCCGUCCACGAACGGAGACUACGACGACACCUUCUUCGACCUGCCGGAUCUCUUCAUCGGCGGCGGAUCUAGCUCGGGUUGGCAGCUGGCCGAACCGGAUGCCGGACUCCGGCUCGAUGAGCCGUUCUUCUGGGAAUGCUACUAGCUCAAUCUUACUUAUUAUCUUUAUAGGAAAUUCAGGAAAUUUUAAGAAUAAAAUUGCAGAAAAAUCCCCACGAUUUUAAAAAAAAUAAUCAUGUCCAUAGAAAUAAUAAUUCUCCAAAAAAAAGUCAAUUUCAGAAACUUUAUGUUCGCUCGGGAUAUUUUUGACAGAUUGAUUAAUUAAUUAAUUAAUGUAAUUUAUGAAGAAUAGCAGUCACAGUUCAGAAUUUGUUGAGUUUUUAUUUUGUUUGUUUUUUUUGCUAACAAGUCCUUGAGUUCUUGUGAAAUUAAUGUAAAAAAUUUUGAACAAUUUUUUUAUUUUGUAAGCUUCUUCUUUGUAUUGCUUGUGGAGUGUAGAUAUGAUUCAAUGAAGAAAUUGUCUUCUU